AUGUUAUGGUCGAGGACUGAAACUGAUGUCUUCACCAAAUACAUGGUGUGAUCUUGGAAUAAAUUAUUAUAAUCAAGUGCAGCAUCUUGCAGCCACGGACAGUAACAGUAACAAAAAUGAAAUCAGUGAACUUUUAGAGAGAUCCAUACAGUGCCUGAAAAAAGCAGUGCGAUUAGACAGUAAAAAUCAUCUCUACUGGAAUGCCCUUGGUGUGGUAGCCUGUUGCAAAGGUGUUGGAAAUUACGCCCUUGCUCAACAUGCAUUCAUUAAAUCUAUUCAAACUGAUCAAAUUAACGUGGUUGCCUGGACCAAUCUGGGAGUUUUGUAUUUAACAAGUGGAAAAAUAGAGCAAGCGCAUGAAGCUUUCAAAGUAGCCCAGUCUCUGGAACCUUCCCAUCUAACCUGUUGGAUUGGACAGGCCCUUGUUGCAGAAACUGUUGGCAGCUAUGAAACAAUGGAUCUCUUCAGACACACCACUGAACUCAGCAUGCAUACGGAAGGUGCAAAAGGCUAUGCCUAUUGGGUGUGCUCAACCUUGCAAGAUAAAACCAACAGAAAUACUGAACUAUAUAAGUACAACAUCCUUCAGAUGAACGCUAUUCCAACAGCACAAGUUGCUUUAACCAAAUAUACAGAAAGAAUCCAAAAUGAUGCAUGUGCUUUCACAAUGCUUGGUUAUUUGAAUGAAUAUCUUCAGCUGAAAAAACAGGCAGCAGAUACAUAUCAAAGAGCAGUCCUAUUGCUGACAAAUUCUGAUGAUAGAGAAAGAUAUAAUAUAGUGAUGAGAAAUUAUGGAAGAUCACUCUGUGCUCUUGGCCGUUGUGAUGAUGCCAUCCAAGCUUAUUUGGCAACUCAUCUGAUAGAAUUUGAUGAUAUUGUAGGAAUUGCUCUGUCUUACUUCAAGAAAGGACAUUUCCAUGAAAGUCAGAAGGCUUAUGAGAAAGCACUUGCAAUUGCAGAGUCUGAGCAAGAUAAAGCAUAUAUAUUAACAGCCCUCGCAAUAAUAGAAUACAAACAAAAUCGAGUGGAUGCUGCAAAGACCCUCUUAUUUAAAUGUUCUAUAUUACAGGAGCCUAAUAUGGAAAGCCUGCAAGCCUUGUGUAGUUUAGGGCUGAUCAAGCAGGAUGCUACACUUGCAACAGCAGCACUUAAAGAACUGUUAAAGCACACGGGGAAAAAAGAGAAUGUUUAUAAGAGGUUCCUUCUUGCAUCUGCUGUCUAUGCAUUACAAGGCAGACAUCUGGCUGUUCAAAGACAAGUUUCUAAAGCUGUCCACAGCAACCCAGAUAAUUCUGCCCUCUGGUCCCUGCUGUCAAGACUGGUCCCUCGGUACGUGCCACAAAAUGCCAAGGGUGGAGCUGUGGCAGGAAGUAUUGCUUGUAUUCUUGAUCUAAAUCAUGGGAAGAAAGCCUUGCUGAAUACCACAGUUAAUCAACUGGCCACAGGAUGUCACAAAGCUGAAAACAAAAAGAAUAUUCUAAAAGCAAUUCAUCUUUCUCCAGAUGAUCCUACAGCUUGGGCAGUACUCUUGGCUGCUUGCCAUGCAGAAAACACAACUGUUCAUCUGCAUAAUAAGCAACCCAAGCAGACACAUCUGGAAAAAAUGAUUGUCGGUGCAAUCUCAGCUAAGACUAAAGAAAAAGAUCUUCCAGCUUCCAGAGCUCAGGAAAUCGAAGAGUGGUCUCUUUUCCAAGCUAUUACUGGCUUAAAUGAGGCAGGUAGAACUUCAGAAGCUGAGGCUCUCUGCGAAAAGGGAUUAAAAGAAUUUCCUGAGCAGCCAAUGUGGUACCUUCUCUUAAGACAAGUUCAAUGCAAACCACUUUUGCAGUCUCACAAAGAGCUUCCUGAUGCCAUCUUGGAAGAGCUCCGAAAGGCAGUUCUCUCCAACUCCACAUUGAUUACAGCUUGGCAUUGGUUGGCACAAGUCUAUCAGUCACAAGGAAUGAUGGUUGCUGCAGAAAUGUGUUACCGAAAAAGUCUAAAAUUGGCAUCUCAGCAAGGCAAUUUGAGUGGGAAACUCUCUAGUCUUCUAAGACUUGCUAAACUUGCCCUGGAAAUCUGUAUGGCUAAUGUUUCAAAUGAUCACUGGCCAUCUCUAGUUCAAGAAGCCACAACAGAAGCUAUGAAAAUUUCCUUCUGUCCGCUGGGUAUUCUAUUUCAAGCACUUAUGCAAUAUAAUCGCAAAAUGGGUUCACGAGAAACACGUCGUAUGUUAGAGAGAGUGGUAUAUCAAUCUGGAUUUCCAGAAACUGUAGUAUCAGUUGCCCGAUGGUAUCUCUUAAGACAUUUAUAUGCCAAAAAUGAUUAUGAAUUAAUAGACGCUCUUACAGCAAAUGCCAAAGCUAAUGGAGAUAUUCGAGUUUUGGAAUUAGACAAGAAACUCUCAGCAGCAGACUCCUAGCACAAACAUUAGUGAGGAAUCAGAAUAACUUUGGAGGCUUUUGGAAACAACAUCUUCAUGACAAAUACCUUGAUUUUAAAUCAUAAGUGCUAACAGUCCAAUUUAUAUUAAAGAGAAUCAGUUAUUAAACUAUCCAAUUGAAGUUCUAUUGAAGUAUACCUAAUCUGUGCUCCUACUGAGAAAUUACAGUGAAUACUAGUGACCUUGGAAAGCAGAAAGGUUUUGAUCUCUGCUCUAGAGGUAAAUGUGACAGAUUUCUGUCUUUAAAAAGGAGCCUUAAUAAUACGUCCAUGUGUUAAAUAAACUUUGGACUAUGUCUAUCUUCAUAGUAUGCUAAGACUUUGCUGUUUCUGUCCAUGUCAUUUUUUUUUACUAUUUAGCAAUGUAUCUUUCUACAGCUUCUCAAACAAAAUAAAUAACCUUUAACUUGGUGAUGAAACAAUAAAAUCUGUUGAAACACUGUUUACAUCUUACUCUGCGUGCAGAAAUUUGUAAUUCAGAACUUUAUAAUUUCAACCAACCAUUAUUUUCCUGGCUAUAUUUAAUGUUAUGUUUCAUGGCUGUCUUUCACAGUACAGUUGAAGUAAACCUUUGAUUUCAGAGAGAUGAUGGGCAGAGCCUGAGAAAAGUAGAUUUUCAGUUUUGUUGUGUUACUCAUUAUCUUCAUUAGAGUCCAUUUUGAAAAUAAAUACUUUUAGUUUAAAUUAGAUUCAAGGAUAAUAUGAGGCCAUAGUACUUGAUGCUCCUUGUUCAUCAAGUUCAAGAUGUUUCAGAGUAGAAUACUUUAGAACACAGCAUGAAAUGGAUGGCAAAUAUGAAGUAGGACAUCCUUACAAUAGAGCUAGAUGUUAUUUCAUUGUUCUUUUUCUUAAAUUGUUUUUGAUGUACAAAUGUUGGGCUAUAAUUUGGAGCCAAAGGAUGGAGAGUUGUAUUUUUCUUUCAAUUUCAAGCCAUUUCUGUGAUUUAAAAUUCUCUUGUUUUCUACUGUCGCCACCCCCCUCCACCUCCACAAUAAAAUAUACCAGAAAAAGAAAGGUUAAGAAAUAUUUC